UGCCGCCUCGUGGUCUCGCUCCCUCCAACGGGCCAUACUCGCUUCCGCCCGCCACCGUUGCCGCCUCCUUCCGGCCCCUAGCGUAUGCCGAGAGAACGGGGGCUGACGAGCCCCUCCCCAGUCGCCAUGGACUCGAGGUCGUACUCUUACGGGGGCAGUCCUCACGGCCUCGCCGCCCCUCCUCUGCCCGAGCGCACGACGCAUACUUCCGCGCUUCCUCCUCUCUCCGAAGCGCCAUCGCCGCGUGGCCCCGAGAGAGCUUCGGCCGGCAACCUCCGCAGCGCCUCCCGGUCGACUGUCAGGGCGGUAACACCUGAGCCGGCCGAGGCGCCGUUCAAUGGCUUGGACGAGAACGGGGGCAACUCGGCGCACAUCCCUCGCGGCGUUGGUCCUGCGUCGCCGCACACGUCGCCAAGGUCCAUUCCGAGCGCUGCGGCUGCCGGCCUUUCAACCAGGCGCCAGGGCGUUGUGUUUAAUGACGCCUUUCCUGGCUCCCUGGACAGCGCCUCGACGAGCCCCCCUCCGCGGCCGACCUCCUUCAGGCCCAGGACGCACACCAUGGAUGGCGCUUUCCGCCAGCAGCUUAGCCCGUCCGUCGAACCCCGCAAUCGCAUGGGCUCCUUCUCGUCAGCCGCGUCUCUUCCCGCCAGCGACGAUUUGAAGAUGCCGUCCUUCCAGUCUCCGUUCGAGACGUAUAAGCAGGCAGAGACGCAGCCGCCCGUCGCCGCCGUGCUUCCCAAGGACAAGAAAGCAUCCGGCGCCAGGAGCCGCCUGACGAAGCGGUCGUCGCGGCCAAGCUCGCCUCUCUCCUCCCUCCCGCCAUCCGUCGACUCCCUUCCGCUUCCCAUACCGACUACGGAUGCGAACAAGGUGCUCCUUCUCAUGAAGAACUUGUGCGGGAGGAUGCGCGGCGAGGUCGAGUUCCGGAAAGAAGUCGGUGGGCCGUGGCUAGGCGGCUUAUGUUAUAUCGAGGAGGAAAGGGGGAGCUUGAUGCUGGAUCCCGGCGACAGCGGCCCCUUCCACACCGUUCUCGUUCCCGACCUCCGAGGGUGUCGCGUGGUGCCGGUGGAACGGUCGGACGAAGAUCUGCAAUGCCUCGAAAUAGCCAGCCCGCAGCUCGGCGUGGCGCUCCUCCUGCGACCGCUAGUAGCUGAAGAACUCGACCUCUGGCUGGCCGCGCUCCUUUGCUGGCAGCAGUUGCGACCCCCCGGCGCAAAGCCCCAAACCGUGCGCCCCGGAAACGCCCCCGGCGCUGCGCCAGCGCGGAUGGAAAUGAAACGCCGCGUCUCGUCACCGGGCCUCCGGGAGCCUGCCAUUAUUAAGGUCGGCAAAGUCAUGCUGUGGGACAAGGGCGCUGCCGUAUCUCCGCGAGCCAUCGUGAGGCGGCCCUCCACGCGCGAUCUGCGGUCCUCCCAAACCUGCUGGAGGAGGGUGUCUUGCAUCCUUCACGACAAUGGCGAGCUCAAGAUCAUGACCGAAAACGACGUGACGGUGCUCUCCGUCAUUGAACUCUCCCAGCUCGCAAGGUCCGCCAUCCAGCAGCUCGACAAGUCCGUCUUGGAUGAGGAGUACUGCUUGGCCAUCUUCCCCACCUACUCAUCCACAUCAACUCAGCUGUCCAUAUUCAGGCCGGUGUACAUUGCCUUGGAGACCAGGGUCCUAUUCGAGGUUUGGUUCGCGCUGCUGCGCGCCUUCGCCAUCCCCGACUUGUACACCAUGGAUCCUGCGAAUGGUGGGCGCGUCUUUGAGGUGACGGACCUGCAGCAAGAACCGGCGGGUGAGACGUUCAGGCUGGAAAAGACAAUAUCGGUCCGAGUCACGGAAGCCAAAUUACGCAGCCGGACCUGGACCGGAGAAGCGGGCCCUGCGGAGCGCAAUGGGAAAGGGGCUGACCCGGACGCCCUCAUUGGCAACUAUCACGCCGAGGUCCUCCUGGACGGCGAGGUUCGCGCCAGGACGACGACCAAAAUGGAAACCAAAAAUCCCUUCUGGCGGGAGGACUGCGAGUUCACCGACCUCCCGGCUCCGCUGCCCUACUUGUCGAUCCUGCUGAAGAGGGUCGAUGAGACCACGGAGGGCUUCGCCCACCACAUUCAAGCCACCUUGGGGCUGUCAAAAGCCGGCAGCCUGGCCGAAGUGCUGUGCGGUUCCGUUGAUAUCCCUCUGCAGCAGCUGGACCGCGGGAAGGACCACGAACAGUGGCUCCAGAUCUGCGACGAGAGACAACAGUCCAUUGGCUCCAUGCUGCUCAAAGUUCACCACGAAGAAUUUGCCGUGCUUCUUCAGCGGCACUACCAGCCGCUCUCGGAACUUCUGCACCGUUUCGGCUCCGGACUCACGGCCCAAAUCACCGAGGCGCUUCCGGGAAGCUUGCGCCGGCUUGCCGAAAUCUUCGUCAACAUCUUCCAGGCCUCAGAAAGCACCAGCGAGUGGAUUAUGAGCAUGGUUGAAGAGGAGAUCGACGGCAUCGGGAACAAGACGUCCCUGAAGAAGCCGAGAUCCAGCGGGCGUCUCAAGUCCAACGAUUCCGUCGAGUCCACUGUCGACCGAGAGCAGAUUGUGCGCGACCUCGGCAAGUCGCUACAAGGCGAAGCCAACCUCUUGUUCAGGGGCAACUCGCUGCUGACGCAGGCCCUGGAGUUCCACAUGCGCCGCAUGGGCAGGGAGUACCUGACCGAGACGCUCGCGGACAAAAUCUCCGAAAUCAACGAGAGCGACUCCAGCUGCGAGGUCGACCCCAGCAAGCUGCAUCACGGCGAGGACAUCCAGGAGCACUGGAAUCAGCUCAUCCGGUUCACCACCGAUAUAUGGGACUGCAUUGCCUCGUCCGCCCACCGCCUGCCGCCCGAGCUGAGGCACAUCUUCAAAUACAUCCGCGCUGUCGCUGAAGAUCGCUACGGCGACUUCCUGCGCACCGUGACCUACACAUCGGUUUCCGGCUUCCUCUUUCUUCGCUUCCUGUGCCCGGCCAUCCUAAACCCCAAGCUCUUUGGCCUGCUCCGGGAUCACCCCCGGCCCCGCGCGCAGCGCACGCUAACCCUCAUCGCGAAAUCGCUGCAGGCGCUCGCCAACCUAUCGAGCAUCGGCAAGAAGGAGACCUGGAUGGAGCCCAUGAACCGCUUUCUCACGGCGCAGCGCCAGGCGUUCAAGGACUUCCUCGACGCCGUGUGCGCCAUUCCGGCUGAGCGGACGAAGACGCACCUGCCAGCACCCUACUCCACGCCCACCACCAUCCUCGGCCGCUUGUCUCCCAUGGCUCGCGAAGGGUUCCCCUCCCUCCCUUACCUCAUCGAUCAGGGCCGCAACUUUGCCGCCCUCGUCAAGCUCUGGGCCGACGCGAACCCCGCCACGGCCAGCGAGUCUCAGAUCUACGAAGGCGACCUGCUCAAGUUCCACACCCUCUGUCUUGACCUUCACCAGCGCUCGAUCAAUUGCCUUGCGCGGAUCGAGGCGCUUCGACACGCCGAAACGGCCGCGGAAGAGAAUGUCGGCCUGCCCGAUGCGAUGGACCGCAUGAGCAUCGGCGAUGUGCUCAGCCUGUCCGCCUACGGCGGGAACACGUCGGCGUGGCCCGAGAGCGAGGGGCCCCCGCCGGGAUCGUCAGGAAGCGACAGGGACCCCUCGCUGUCCCCUCCGUUCGGGACCAUCAGCAUCAGCAGGGACCCUCGACACAUCAGCUUCGGCCGCGACUUGAGUUCGAACUCUCUGCGCCAGGCCUCCCGGAGCAGCGAGGUAUCCGCCACCCAGGCCGGCGGCGGCGGCGGCGGCGGCGGCGGGACAACCCGCAGCCUGCGAAACGGCAUCCACCCGCGAAAGCUCCUCAGCGGGUUUAUCCGCAAGACGAGGAUGACCUCCCCCGACUCCCCGCCGGGAGCAGGGCCGACCAUGGCAUCCCUGCCGGUCAUCGUCAGCCAGGGCGGGCGCGAGCGUGACACAGAGGUUGACCAGGAGAACACCAAAGAUCAUGGCAAAGGGUGGGAGAGAACUAGAGAUAGAGACAGGGAGCGAGAUAAGGCGCCAAAUCUCCAGGAGCCUAGGCAGGCAGAUGCCGCCGCAAGGUCCCGAGCAUAGCAGCAGGUUUGGGCCCAACCAAACAAACAUCUACGCACCAUUUCAUUUGCACGGAUUAAGGGUAUGGAGCUGAGAGGAAGGAGUCGCGAUUGCAAGUCCACGGGCUGCUUGCUUCUUGGAUUUGAGGCCCUGGCACUGGCCCGGGUUACAAUUCGUUCAUGGGCGCUGCGUUGUUGCUUUGUUUAUAUGAAAUGCUUUUUGCAUUGAUGGCUGC